CGGGACAGGGGAGAGGGAUGGGAGUGAGCGUGAGCCAGCGGUGACGCCAUUGGGAGCGCCGGGAGCGGCGCGCGGCCAUGGGGGAGUUCCGCGCGCUCGGGCUGGCGCCGUGGCUGGCGGAGCAGGCGCGGCAGGUGGGGCUGAGCCGCCCCACGCCCGUGCAGGCCGCCUGCAUCCCCCCCGUGCUGCAGGGGCGCGACUGCCUGGGCUGCGCCAAGACCGGCAGCGGGAAAACGGCCGCCUUCGUGCUCCCCGUGCUGCAGGUGCUCUCCGAGGACCCCUACGGCAUCUUCUGCCUCGUGCUGACCCCCACCAGGGAGCUCGCCUACCAGAUCGCCGAGCAGUUCCGCGUCCUGGGGAAGCCUCUCGGCCUGAAGGAUUGCGUGGUCGUGGGCGGCUUGGACAUGGUGGCGCAGGCACUGGAGCUCUCCCGCAAACCCCACGUCGUAAUCGCUACGCCGGGCAGGCUGGCAGAUCACCUCCGCAGCUCCAACACCUUCAGCCUUAAAAAGAUAAAGUUCCUGGUUUUGGAUGAAGCCGACCGGUUGUUGGAGCAGGGCUGCGCUGACUUCACGGCGGAUCUGGAGGUGAUUCUGGAGGCUGUCCCCGCACGCAGGCAGACGCUGCUGUUCAGUGCCACGCUGACCGACACUCUGAAGGAGCUGAAGAGCUUGGCCAAGAAUAGGCCCUUCUUCUGGGAGGCUGUGUCUGAGGUGCGGACUGUGGACGAAUUGGACCAGCGCUACUUGCUCGUACCUGAGGCCAUCAAGGAUGCCUACCUUGUCCAUUUAAUCCAGACCUUCCAGGAUGAGCACGAAGACUGGUCUAUUAUUAUCUUUACCAAAACCUGCAAGGACUGCCAGGUCCUGAACAUGAUGCUGAGGAAGUACAGCUUCCCUUCUGUAGCUUUGCAUUCCAUGAUGAAACAGCGACAACGAUUUGCAGCUUUAGCCAAGUUCAAGUCCAGCAUCUUUAAGAUCCUCAUUGCCACCGAUGUUGCCGCCAGAGGCCUGGACAUUCCGACUGUACAAGUUGUCAUCAACCACAACACUCCCGGCCUGCCGAAAAUCUACAUUCACCGUGUUGGCCGGACAGCCCGUGCGGGUCGGAAAGGAAUAGCGAUUACGCUGGUGACGCAGUACGACAUCCACCUCGUACACACCAUUGAGGAGGAGAUCAAACUGAAGCUGCAGGAGUUCUCCGUGGAGGAGCAGUCUGUGCUCGACAUCGUCACCCAAGUGAAUGUCACCAGGAGGGAGUGUGAAAUAGAACUGGAGGGAACGGAUUUUGAUGAGAAGAAAGAAAUAAAUAAGCGGAAACAAAUGAUCCUUGAAGGGAAGGAUCCGGAUCUGGAGGCAAAAAGGAAGGCAGAGCUGGCCAAGAUCAAGAAGAAAAACAAGAAGUGCCGUGAAAAGGUGCAGCAGGUCCUUCAGAGGAAAAAGCAGCUGCAGCUGAAGAGGAAACUGCAGAAGAAGAUGGAGCGGAGAAACAAAGUGCGUGCUGUGGAGGAGAAAUAACUUCCUUCAGUUUGGGUUGCCCUGACAUUGCUGCUGCUUUGGGAAUAGUGGGAUCAAACACUUCUUAACGUGGCUGCUUCUGACUCGCAGUCAGUGUUCGAGACUGUGAGGGCUGUGAGUGAGGAGAGGAGGGAUGCUUUGACAAACUGUCUCCGCUGUUUUUCCUUCCUGCACAAUGCUGCUGGCCUGGGCCGUUCCUGGAAGGCUGGAUCAGGUUCCUGGAAGAAUGUCUCUCAAGAGUAUGUUUCCUUCCUCCAGCAAAGGAGAGGCCAGACCUGAAUUCCUGGUGACGUGAAGGGAAAUAAAGAUCCCCUCUCGCUUCCCCCUUCAUUCCAUCACUGCUCUUUCCAGGGCUGCUGCCGCUCACACUUGUUUAUCGAAACACUGCAGCGAUACUCAUGCCUGCGAGUCAGCCUUGGCUCAGCCUCGAGCCUGGGGCCGCUCUCCACAGGGACAGCGGGGUCUAGGUUUGGAGCUGCUGGGGCCUCUGUUUUUGCAUGAUCCAUUGGUUCAAAGAUGGUUUCUGGCACAGAAGAGCAGCCCCAGGAGCUGGAUUGCUUUGUUUCACGCACUAUCCCAGAGUAACCAGUGUGAUUUAUAAUUGGGUCCCCUGUGUGAUUUUCUGGGCUCCCUCCUCUGUGUCAGUUUGCCUCCUGUGUGGCUGGAACAGGACCUUGGUGUGGCUGGAGAGGACUCGGCUCCCAGGAGACUUGUGUUUCCUUCCAGAGCUUAAAAUCCCAGAGCUUGGCCAGCCCUGUUCUCAUGUCAGGUUUGAUCCUCGGUGCCUUCUUUACUGUUCGGAGCUUUCUAUGACUGGAGAUCGGUUAUUUCUGUCCUCUGGCUUAUGAGAAUACUUUCUAUGGUCCAUGCCCAAGUAAAUAUUUAUUGCAAA